AUGUCAUUGAUAGGGGGAGUGUUGAAGGCAUUUACAUCUAUUCAAGCCACACAGCCACAACUUGUUUCUGCAAACAACGUUAAAAGAGCUGCUGUUGCGCUGAUCCUGCGAUUUAGAUUGGUUGAUAGUAGUCGCGGUGGUGAUGGCAGUCCCAGUCCUAGUCCCAGUCCCACCAGUCCUUCCGAUAGCGAUUCUUCUUUGGAAGAUUUAUUCAAUCAGCCGUGGAUGCGCGAUGGCAAUGUCAUUCCAGAGAUUCUAUUUAUCCAGCGUGCUGCACGUAAUGGUGACCGAUGGUCUGGUCACGUCGCCUGCCCUGGUGGGCGCUAUGAGCCAGACGACGAAAAUCUCAAGUAUACCGCCAUGCGUGAAUGCUGGGAAGAAAUCGGACUCGAUAUCUCUGACCGACGUCAUUUCCUCCCUCUUGGCCAGCUCGAUGAUAGGGAAGUGACCAGCAGUCUGGGGAAAAAGCUGCUGAUGAUCCUCUCCCCAUUCGUCUUUAUCCAGACGAGGCCCGUCGAUCACACUCUGCAGCUCGAGGCGCAGGAAGUGGAGUCUGUGCAUUGGAUACCGGUUGACGCACUCACUGAUAACGCCGUUUAUACGCACGUAGAGGUAGAUCUACCCGCUCGUCUCUCUCCUAAAUCGGAAAUGGGACGCUGGGUUCUCGCGAGUGUGCUGUCUAAUUCCUCACUCAGCUUUCCUGCGAUAGAGCUCGCUAAUAGACCGGCAGCAGUCGCUAGCCAGAGUGGCCUCGCUAGUGUGGCGCUGGAGGAGGAGAACGACGAGGAUUUUGCGCCGCCUAUGCCCGCUGAGCUGGACGACUCCAUCAGCGAGUUACGCCAACGUACUGUACAGAACAGGCAGGUUGCGGAGGACAGAAAGGAGAGGAAAGUGGGGAAAGACAUGACACAGCUAUCCAAACGCCCCUCUCUCAGACUGUGGGGUCUAACACUAGGCUUCACACUCGAUUUCCUCAGCCACAUACCAAGCAAGGCGAGUGAAGAUACUCGUGGCGCGAAAAAAACACCGCAAAACGUCGAAACUACUCGACAUCUAGCCACCGCUCACGUCAUCAAAGCACUCUUCCCGUCGUUCAACUCACCCGAUAUCAACCUGUGGAUGUGGGUGUGCGGGAGAAGAUACCGCUCCAUCCGCCGCCAGUGGGAGCAGGCGGCACGAAACCCAGGCAGUGCUGAUAGGAGAAAGAAUUGGAGUGGCACUAUACGCGCUGCUCACUUUGCGACUAUAAGAAGGGCGUUGAUGUUCGCCGUCGUCUUUCGUAUCUUGGCUGCAUUCACUACUCUCUCCAUCCUCGGUAGGUAUUUGCAAAAGGUUGUUGCGUGGUUUGUUUGA